CGGCGGGGCAGCGCUCGAUCGAGCGGACAUGGGACCGAAGGACCGUUGAGUCGACUCGAGACUCUGACUGUGCAGAGUUGCGAGUAGUGUGGACGGUCGUGGGUGUCGCAUCACCAAUCAAGAGUCAUAGCAAUCUAUCGAGCCUCUUGCUUCUUCUCCACCAGCAUCUCCCAAAAGAAGAAAAGCAAACACACUCUCAAGAUCAAGACGAUACGCGAUGCGCAUACAGGACAUACUCAGCGCAGCCCUCACUGGCUACACGGCCUUGUUGGGAGAUGCGAGCCUCAACUCACCGCUGCUCAGCUCGAGCCUGAAGUGGUUCGGACAUGAAAGCGAUGCGUGCGACGCUGCGAUUGCGCAAGGAUUGCAGGGCUACCAGAACAUUACGCUCAGAAGCUUCAACACGAGCUCCAAAAGCAUGGUGGAUAGGACUCAUCUAGUCUACCUGCCCAAGUCGUACGAUGGUUCGCGCAAAUUGCCCACGCUCCUUACUCUGCAUCCCACACAAGGCAAUCCACAGCAGAUCAUCGACGACUCGCACCUGGAAGCGCUGGCCGAUAGGGAAGGCAUCGUCCUGCUGUCUCCUAGGGGAGGUGUAGAGUUCGAGAUCACGGAGCAUUCCCCUUGGGAAGGUUGGGGCUGGACCGUUCCCUACGUUCCCUCCAUCAUCAACACGACGUAUCCCGGCAGCACAGAAGACAUGGCCUACCUGCUCCAAGUGCUCGAUCACGCUCAAUCCAGCUUUUGCGUGGACAAGAAGCUCUCCUACUCCUUUGGACACAGUUGCGGAGCUAGAAUGUCCACCGCUUUGGCUUGCGAUCCCCACGCUUCCAACAGGUUCGCCGCCGUCUCGCCCGCAAACGGCAUCAGGGCAGGGCCAGCGAGACCGGACUUGCAGCAACCGCAUAGGCAAGGCGAGAAAGCUUGCAGACCUAGUCACAACGUCGCCAUCGUCUCGAUUCACGGCACAAACGACGACAUUGAUCCUUGGAACGGCAACGACAAUCCACAAUGGGGCUACUCCGUGCCCACCGCUCUGAACGUCUGGAGCGACAUUCUUCAGUGCGACAGCCCCUUGGUAGAGCAAUUGCCCGGGCUAAAUGUCACAGUCACAAAGUCGACGUAUCAGUGCGCUGGUCCACGUGGCUCUUCCUCAUCUCCUUCCGCUGCGAACGGCAUCACCCAGUUCACAGUCACCGAUGGCUGGCACUACUGGUACAAUGACAUUGCUGGUUUCGAUGAAGCUCAGGCAUUGUGGGACGAACUCAAACAGCACUCGCUCUAGCGUUUUGAGCGCGCAGUCGGCACCCUACGAUUCGUUGCCGGUUUAUCUCUCCCUCCCGCACUCUGCCCUGCCCUGCUUUCUUCGUUCAGACAUCUUCUUUGCGCGUUUCAUCUAGCCGCGCCUCAAUGUGAAGAUCGAUGCCGCUCCGCCUCUAU